GCAUGGCCGUUGGUCUUCAAGGUGCCCAGGUUCUCUUAUGAUGCUGAAGUACAGCUGGAAAGGGCCAAUGCUGCAUUUAAAGAAAAUGGAACUUUAUUGAGUCCUGAUACUAAACUUAAGUCUGCCAUUCUUGAUGGCUUAAUUGAAACAAUUAUUCAGUACAAAGUCUACCUCUCUGAUGCAGAGUUUAAGGAUGUAGCUGCAGCUCUUGUGUCAUCCCAUCCUUGUUUGAAAGAGCCUGGUUCAGCCACUGGAUAUGACGGCUGGAAGACAAGCCUGAAGUAUAAACUCGGUAACUACCGAACAAAGCUGAGACGUCUUGGAUGCCCAGAAGUAUCAGUAAAUGCUCUUGUAAACAAACCGAAUGAUAGAUGCAGUCCUGCUUAUGGUGUAAAAAAGCCCAAAAAAGCAGAAGUCAAUUACUGCCCUGCUUAUCCAUCUGGUGAAACAAAGGAGACUCAAGAACUUCUAAGAGUAGCUCUUCUUUCAGAAGUGGAAAAAAGAAACAAUGAAAAUAAGGUGGCAAUGUUAAUGGAGAGGUCGUUUGCUCACAGAAGGCAAGAAGUGGUUCGAGAUGCACCCAUGAUAGCAGAUUUCAAAACAAGAUGGCCAGCACUCUUCAGUGUGCGUGAGGUGUGUGCAGAAUUCAAAAGGAUUACUACAGUCCAUUUGCAGUCUAAGUUUUUCUCCCAGCUGGAUGUUCACUCUGCAAAUCUAAUCAAGGCAUAUAGUAAGAAGGGUGGAUUUAUAGGAAGGAGACUCAAGAGCAUCAUGACACCUAUGACCCAGAACAAUAGCAUUGAUAUUGGACGUGAAUGCAUCCUAAAGGGACUUUGUGUGUACUUAAAUGAAGAUCCGGAGAAGCUGGUGAAGGAAUACAUGGCAGAUGAUGUAAGCAGAGACACAGCCAUGAAAGAGACCGUCUUUGGCAUCUAUGUUGUUCGACAUGAAGGUGAUGAGCUUACUGAUCCCCCAGAGGAUGUGGGUGUCAUUCUAGAGGGGGUGACUGUACUCUGUGAACUGGGGAAUGUACCUUUUGCAUUGGCCAUAUUGCUUGCCUUAGUAUAUUCUUUAAAUCUAUGCUACCCUCCAGAACAUAAAUAUACGUUUGAAGCUUUGCAAAAAAUAAUCUUGGAGCUGAAUGGGAACAGGCUUUCUGCAAAAAUACAGGCUCUUAAAACAAUUCUGUUGCGUUGAAGAUUGUCCACUUCAAGUAAAGUGAAUAUUAUUAAAUCAUUCCUUUGUUAAAGGUUUAAGUUCACUGACAUUUCAUGGGACAGGUCUAAUUAUUUGAGGUGGGGUGCUAUAAAACAUUUGAAAAGUUAAAUGUACCAGGUAACUUUUUUUUACAUGCAUUAUUUCUUUUUUCAGAUUUUAUCAUUUUAUAGUGGUUUGCUUUAAAACAAUUUUAAGUUUAAAAAUACCAAGUAUUAUAGUUCAUCCAUAUAGUAAUAA